AUAAUCAGUUUGCUCUUUGCAGUCAACAAAAGAUCUUCAUUUGUCUUCAUUUCAUCUUCAUUUCGACUUGUAGAACUUUUUUUUAUUUCGAAAUAAAACUUUUUCUUCCUCAAUUUUAUUCACUUCUCAUUCGUAUCUACAUACUAAACAUUAAAUCUCAUCUUCUCAUCAUCAAGCAAACAUAAAUUUCUCUCUCAAUUCUUCAAUCAAAUGUAUCCUAAUCUUCAUCUUUAAUUGAGACAUAAUUUAUUUCAUUUGUGAUUUCCCUCGAUCAUCAAUCUCGACAAUAAUCACCAUCGAUCACCAAUUGAGUUUCGUUUCUAUUCCGAAGUCGAAUUGAAGAAGAAGAAAAAAAGUGUUCUAAUUGUUUCUUGAAAUUGUUCUUUUCUCUUUCUCUCUCAUUGAUUAAUUGUGACUUUUUCAAAUGCAUUCGGGUGUUUAUCGACGUAGUUUAUCACCGACAUCAAGUGGAUCUGAUGUUGAAUCAGAUUCUUCUCAGCAUUCAGGGCCUAAUGAUCUCACCACAUCAAAUCGUUCAAAACAAGGGAUAGUGGGAGUUGUAGGAGGAGGAGGAGGUAAUAAUAAUAAUAUUGGUUCUAAUAGUGGUGGUGGUAAUGGUUCAGGUAAUGGUGGUGGUUCUAAUAAUGGUUCAAAUAAUAACCUCGGUUCAUCAACAUUUCCAACUUAUUCAUCAUUUUAUUCACCUACUCAUCAAUCAGCUGGUUCAUUGGGUCAAGGAUCACAUGGAUCAAGUGGAUCUCAUCAUGGAUCAGCUUGUUCACCUUUCAUAGCAACAAAUGAAUGUCGGAUUAUUGAAUAUCGAGGUGCCCGUUUAGCAGCAUUUCUCUCAGCUAAUCGGACACCCUGUGAGUAUUUACUCUGUUUACCUCAAGCAUUUGAACUGUUUCUCAAACAUCUCGUCGGUGGAUUACACACUGUAUACACUAAAUUAAAGAGAUUGGAUAUUGUUCCAAUUGUGUGUAAUGUUGAACAAGUUCGUAUCCUUCGAGGACUUGGUGCUAUUCAACCGGGUGUCAAUCGAUGUAAACUUUUAUCAACCAAAGAUUUUGAUGUACUUUUCAAAGAUUGUACAACUGCAAGUCGACCAGGUCGUCCACCCAAACGAAGUCCAGAAAGUGGAAUGGUCAGUCCGAUUCCAACGGCCAUACCAGCGACCACUCCCCACAGUCAACAAGGUAAUUCAGUGCCCUACCUGGGAUUCCCACCGACGGGUAAGAAGCCAAGAUACGCUGAUGAUGCAGACUACGGAGCUGAAUCUUUAGAGAUUAAACAAAUACCGGCUAAUAAUUCAAACGGGAAUAAAUCAUCGGCUUCAGCAGCCGCAGCGAUGUUGGCAGCUAAUGGUUAUUCAGCUUUCCCUUUCCUCCAGCAUUUCGGUGCUUCAUCAGCAUCAACACCCACCAGUCAACAACAACAACACCAGCAACAAUUAGUUGCAGCAGCAGCAGCCCUUGGAUUACCUGGUUUACCAACAUCAAGAUUUUCCUCUUCAAGUCCACCCCCUGGUCUUGGAGGAUUAACGAGUUAUCAUGGAACUGGAUCAUCAAAUCAACGAGAUAACAAUUCAAACGGUGAUCUAAAUGGAGAAAUAAAUCCGAUUGCUGCUUAUUUACUGCAAUUAUCCCAACAACAACAACAACAGCAGCAACAACAACAGCAACAGCAACGUCAACGAGAUCAUCAACAAUCAGGAAAUCAACAAUUAACUCAAAAUCAUAAUCAAUCAAAUAAUAACAACUCAUCAACCUCAUCACAUAACAACAAUAAUAACAAUUCAAGUAACAAUGGUAAUCAUCAUAACAGCAACAACUCAUCAACACCAACACUUACAACUGGAUCAGCACUUAAUUUAAGUUCUCGAAGUGCUAAUGGUUCAGGUAUUACUACAGUUAUCGGUAGUCCAAUUGAUGAUAACGAUAAUAAUAAUAACACAAAUAAUAACAAUAAUAAUAAUACAAGUUCGAGAAAUAGUUCUAAUCGUAGUUCGAGUUAUCAUCAUAACUCAAAGGAAUCACGAAGUGGAUCUCAUGGUUUACUGACCAUAAGUACUGUUAAUAGUAACAGUAUUAAUAAUCAUUCAUCAUCCUCAUCUUCUGGUAAUCAUCAUCAUCGAGACAGCAACAAUUCAUUAAGUAUUAGUACAAUUAACAAUACAACAAUUAGUAAUUCACAUUCAACCAAUAAUAAUAAUAAUCGUUUAUCAUCAUCAUCAUCUCGUCAUCAUCGUAAUAACCAUUUAAAUAACAACAGCAAUUUAAACCUUUCAGGUAGAGGAGGAAGAGGAAGACGAAGUGGUCAUCGUGAUGAAGAUGAAGAUGAAGACGAGGAUGAAGAGGAUGAUGAAUCAACUGAUGAAGAAGAUGAUGAAGAUGAUAUCAAUUCAAAUGCUAGUAAUAGUAAUCAUAGUGAUAAUCCAGUCAGUAGCAGUUUCAAUGGUUUAACAUCAUCAUCAAUACGUGUCAUACCCACCGAUGGGACAAUAUCAACUCCCAAUCACAAUACGUCAUCGGGAUCACCGAUUCCGAUACCAAUUGCAGUGGCCACUCAUUCAACGGUUCCAAUGGGACUUUUAACUGGUGGUGUCAGUGUCGGUGGUGGGUCAACCUCAAUCAUGGCUACAGGAGGUGCAACCCUUUCAUCAUCUUCUGGGUCAACCCACCUUUCAUCAUCUCACCAUCACCACCACCAUAAUAAUAGUAAUAAUAAUAAUAAUAAUCAACAAUCAUCUUCAUCACUACCUCAACCUGAACACUGUCUUGAAACACUUUUACGUAACAUUGAAGGGCUUUUGGCAAUAGCGGCACAUAAUGCAAGGCAACAGCAAAGUCAAUUAAAUCAACAGAAAGCUGAAUUAAAAGCUGAACUUGGAGCUGUAGUUGAACGGGAACGUGAAGCAAAGGAUCAACUUGAAAGACAAUUAAAUGAAGAGUCCAAAAUUAGAUUGUUAUAUCAAAAGCGAUACAAGAAAGAGAAACGAUAUCGUCGCAAGAUUGAAAAUGAUCUUGAACAAUUACAACAACAACAGCAACAAUUAAAUCAACAACAUGAACAACAACAGCAGAAAAAAUCAUCAUCAUCAUCAUCUACCUCUUCAUCGUCUUCACAAUUAUCACCAACCUUACGACACUCAUCAUCUUCCAACAAUCAACAACCAAAUCAACAACAAUCAUCAUCAUCACCGACAACAAAAGCAACAACAACUCUCACAGCAACAAUAACAACACCACCAUCGUCAACAUCAUCAUCAUUAACAACAACAACAACAGUCCCCACAACAACAAAUCGCUCAUCACCAACAUCAGCUGAUCAUGAGGUCAGUUCCAAACAACAACAACAACAACAUGGGUCAAGAAGGUCAACUUCAAGAUCACCACCAAACUCACCACUAGAACCCGGAAGUAGAAACACAUCACCAAUGAGCCAUCAAGACAUUAAAACCAACGAUUCUUCCGGUGGUGAUUUAUCAGAUAGAGAUUAAAUUAUCAUCAACUCUAAUUGCAAUUAGAUUUUAAAUUGUUCAACACUUUAAACCUUCAUCUUAAGUCAACAAUUUAAAUUGUGACAAUUAAAAUGUUUCUUUUUUUCUGUGUGUUGAGUGUUAAUCAACUCCCCCGCUCCUCUCUCUCUCUCUUUAUUAUCUUCAUUAAUCAUCUUUACUGAUAAUUAACAACAAUUUGUAAAUAAUCAUCUUCAACAAUUAAGCAGAAAAACAAAACUCAAUCAUGAUCUUAAUCAUCACAAUUAUCAUCAACAAAACAAUAAGGACUUAAUUUGAAACUUGUGCUUGUUUGUAUAACUGUUACAAUUUAAAUUAUUAAUUGUAACUGAUAACAAUUAACUACAAUCAACUAUUGGAAAUUUUCUCUUUUCUAUUUCUAAAUUAAUUGUAAUCAAAUCUAAUCCCGAAAACAAUUAACUCUCAAACUAAAUUAUCUCACUCAAGCUCUUCAUAUUAUCCCAGAGACAAAUUAAUACGACAAAAUUUGAUUAGAUUUUUUUUUUGUUAUCUCUACUUAUAACAUGUAUUAUUAAUUAUUACCAAUUAAUUAGUUGAUCAGUUAAUCAUGAAACAUUCAAAUUAAGUAUCAUAAUUAUUAUUACUAUUAUUAUAUGAACAAAAUUACCAACAAUUAGUUAAUUAAUUAGUUAACUUAAUAAGAAGACAAAUUUCUCAUGCAAAUAUUAUAUUAAAAAAAAACCACAAACAAUUAAAAAACGUAACAAUUAAAUUGAAUUGUGAAAGGUCAGCUAAUUGCCAAUUGAUUAUUGAUUAAUAAUAAUGAUACUUUGAUUUAGUUAAUUGUCACAAUUAAAAUGUUUUUUUCCAAAUUUUAAUUUAGUUUCUCAUCUCUUUUUUUUUGCUCGAAAACUUUUUCCAACUUUAAUUUAUCAAACUCUCAUCAUCGUCAUCAUCAUCUGCGAACUCACAAUUAAAUCAAUAAAGGAAGAGAAAUCAACAUCUACGAUUAUCAAUUUAUCAUCAUCAUUAGAAGACUUUUUUUAAUCAUCAUCAUAAUGAUCAUCAUGAUAAUCGAUGAUUCUUAUUAUUUAAUCAUAUUCAAUUCUGUAAAGUUCAACAUUUUUACUGAUCAUCAUCAUCCCUCAUCUUUAUAUCAUCUUCCUUUAUUUGGCAAUGGAUUGAAUCGUGAUGAUGAAGAAGAUGAUGAUGAUGAUGAUGAUGGUCAUCUCUCUCUCUCCCUCUGAAUGUCACCCACCACACCCGCUCUCUGAUAACGUAACUACGUACAAUAAUAUACAAAAGAAACACAAUUAAAAGUCAACAAUUAAAAAUCAACAAGUGGUUAUAUUAACAAUCAUUGCGAGUUCAU